GUUAAACGUUGGGGUAAAACCUACUUGGUAUCAAGGGCCAGAUUACUUUGAAAAAAUUGAGGGUGUCAGGAAUAUGCUUUCUACCGAGCAUAUCGAUCCAUUUUUGGACGUGCUUUCUCGGAGGUUGUACAGUGGGGUCAAAUUGAAGUCGGGAGUAUCUCUUUCAACAAUUAAAAUUCAGGAUUCCACUCAAUUUGGCUUGUUGUUGAAUCAAUGGAAAGUGCUUCAUCCCGACGAUCCUCAAUGUACGCAGAGCUAUCCAGACGAUGCAAAUUAUGAGAGAUGGAAUGUUCCUCCGGGUCUGGUCAAUUGUGUUCGUGGUACUACUCUUCGUUGGAGAUCUCCUUGGCAUACAAAUCCCAAU